GCUGAAGUAUCGGCACUUCUGCAAGGCGAACCUGUCGUGAUAAAACCGGUUAGGCCUUUCAGUUUCACUGCCGCGCGAGUUCUUUUCACUUUUUGACCCUCUCCCGUUCGUUGCCGGGACCCGAGGUGUAUUUUGAAAAGUAUGAUGCAAGCCAGCCUUUGGAACCUGGUGACCACGUCGAUCAGGCCAACAUGCAUAAAACGCGUUCUACCAGGUAUAACGGUCACCCAGCAACGCAGAUAUGCCAGUACAUUAGACGCAGAUGUAGUCGUGAUUGGGGCUGGCCCUGGUGGAUAUGUAGCGGCGAUUAAGGCUGCACAACUGGGCAUGAAGACUGUAUGUGUGGAGAAGGAUCCAACCCUAGGUGGCACAUGUCUUAACGUUGGCUGCAUUCCAUCAAAGUCACUUCUAAACAAUUCACAUUAUUAUCACAUGGCGCACAGUGGGGAUUUAGCGAACCGUGGGGUUGUCGUGUCAAAUGUUCAACUGGAUCUUAACAAGCUCAUGGAACAAAAGACGAACGUGGUUAAGGCUCUCACCAGUGGUAUAGCAGGCUUGUUUAAGAAGAACAAGGUCGAGUGGGUAAAGGGUCAUGGAAAGAUUACAGGCAAAAACCAAGUCACUGCCUUGAAGUCUGAUGGUUCGGUAGAAUCGACUAUCAAUGCGAAGAACAUUCUGAUAGCGACCGGUAGUGAGGUCACACCCUUCCCUGGUAUUGAGAUUGACGAGAAGCAGAUUGUGUCCUCGACAGGUGCGCUAUCGCUCAGCAAAGUUCCCAAUAGGCUCAUCGUCAUUGGUGCUGGAGUCAUUGGAUUAGAAUUGGGUUCGGUUUGGCAGAGACUGGGCUCCGAUGUAACGGCCGUGGAAUUCAUGCCGACGAUCGGUGGCAUGGGUAUCGACGGAGAGGUCAGUAAAACUCUGCAGAAGAUACUCGCGAAGCAAGGUCUGAAGUUUAAACUAGGAACGAAAGUCAUGGCUGCUACCAAGCACGGCGGUGAGAUCACGGUCUCUGUUGAGGACGCGAAGGACCCGAGCAAAAAGGAGAACUUGAUCUGCGAUGUAUUAUUGGUGUGCGUCGGCAGAAGACCAUACACGCACAACUUGGGUCUAGAGGAUUUGGGUAUCGAGAGGGACGAGAAGGGAAGAAUACCCGUGAAUAACCGAUUUCAAACAGUAGUGCCUAGUAUUUAUGCUAUUGGUGACUGCAUUCACGGACCAAUGUUGGCUCACAAAGCUGAAGAUGAGGGCAUAAUCACAGUGGAAGGUAUUGCCGGAGGCGCGGUUCACAUCGACUACAACUGUGUGCCGAGCGUGAUAUAUACGCAUCCAGAAGUCGGUUGGGUCGGCAAAACGGAAGAGGAUUUGAAAAAGGAAGGUAUCGACUACAAGAUUGGCAAGUUCCCGUUCAUGGCAAACUCCCGGGCGAAAACGAAUCUCGAGACGGACGGUUUCUCCAAGGUACUUGCCGACAGUAACACCGACAAGAUCUUGGGCGUGCAUAUGAUCGGACCGGCCGCGGGAGAGCUCAUCAACGAGGCAGUCCUCGCGAUGGAGUACGGAGCCAGUGCGGAAGACGUUGCUCGCGUAUGCCACGCACAUCCAACAUGCGCCGAGGCGCUCAGAGAAGCUCAUCUGGCAGCCUACUUCGGCAAACCCAUCAACUUUUAAAUUUCUAUGAAGAAUAAGCGAAUCAAUUACACACUUGUUAGUUCACACCCUGAUUGCGUUUAGCAUUAAACGUGCUUGUCUCUUUCGAACUUAAUCUACUGAGAUAACAUGUUUCGUGGACAAAUACGUUUAAAAUCCCUCGCGCUAAACGCACAUAAUUUAUGCGGCCCUUUUAACUUCACAUCGUAGCCUGGAUCUAGUCUACGUGUCAACGUCUUACAUCGCGCUAAUCGUAGCGUAUCGUAUAAAGGAAUUACGAUUGUAAAUAAAAGCUGGAAACCAAUUUAUGUGGAAGUGUAAGUUUAUCUCCGCCCAGUGAUUAUUGUAUUUUACGAAUAAAAGAUUAUUAAUAUUAUAAUCUCGAAA